ACGAAAAAAGAAAACAACAACCAUGGCGGCUGUUUCAACAACGGCAGACGAAGUUUGCAAAUAUGCGUACGAAGGAAAUUAUUCUCUUUUAAAAUUAAAAGUUGAAAGCAACAACGAAUUAGCAACAAAAAAAGACUCGAGUUCCCGGACACCAUUGCAUUGGGCUGCUUCUGGAGGACAUACUGAUAUUGUUGAAUACCUUUUGUCUUUGCAUGUUCCAGUUGAUGAAAGAGAUGAGACCCAGUGGACGCCGCUAAUUAUUGCUUCAUCAGCUGGUCGUAUUCAGAUUGUAAGGGACCUGCUUGCUCAUAAUGCUCAGGUUAAUGCUGUCAACAGUACAGGUCAAAGUUCUCUACACUAUUCUGCAUCAAAAGGGCACAUAGAAAUUUCAGAAAUCCUUCUCCAGCAUGGUGCUGAUAUUGAUUGUGUUGAUUCCCUUGGUCACACACCACUCCAUCGAGCUGCUAGCAAAGGCAACUUAAAAGUUGUCCAGCUUCUCAUAUCCAACAAUGCACACUUAGAUAUCAGAGAUGCCUCAGGAUGUACACCCCUUCACUUGGCUUGUGAGGAUGACAAUGGAGAAGUUGCCAAAAUGUUAAUAGAUCAUGGAGCCAGAACAGACAUAACAAAUAAUGAUCACCAAACAGCUUUUGAUAUGGCUCCCAGAACUCUGCAAAAAAAUUUGAAGAGUGCUUUAGAUCGAUGACCGUACAUGUUGUAAUACAGAAAUGCUUAUAGUACAAUGUUGCAGUAACUAUAUUUCCACCUGAAGUAUCUGCAUAAGGGAAUUACCAUCUUGUGUAUACACAUACCAUAUUUUACCAUCUUGUACAUACCAUUGUGUGCACAUGUAAAUUAUCACCAUCAUAUGUCUAUACAUGUGUUACCUUAUGUACUGAUACGAGGUAAUGCCAUGUGUGUAAAUCUGAAUUAAAAUUUUGCAUAUAUCGCUACCUUGUGUACUUGGUAUUGAUAUGAGGCAAUAUGAUCUUGUG